AUGCCUCGCCCAGCUCCCAAACCUUACGACUGCGUCAAAAGAGCUUGGCACACUCAAAUUCACCAACCCAUAAGAGGAACGCUCAUUCAAGAAAUUUUCAGGGUUGUGAACGAGAUACAUGGCUCUUCCACUAAGAAGAAAAAAGAGUACCAAGAGAAGCUCCCCGUCGUCGUGCUCAGGGUAGAGGAAAUCAUUUACUCCAAAGCCAAUUCUGAGGUCGAAUACAUGGACCUUGGAACACUUUUGAACAGAGCAAAUGAUGCCAUCGAUACUAUAAUUCGAUGUGAUGAGCAUGCAGAAACUGGACAGUAUAUGCGACCUUGCAUCGAAGCUGCUCUGAGCUUGGGAUGCUCCCUAACAAAAUCCUCAAGGAGUCAACGCAACAACCAACGUUGUUACCUUAAUCGCAACACUGAAGAGGUUCACAAUCUCUCUCAUGAGGCGAGUGGAAGAGAUUACUCAACAAAAUUGCAAUAUGUGUAUGAGAAUGUAGCCUCAGCUAGUAAAAAGCAGUGCGUGGAACAUCAAACACCACCAAAUUGUUUUUCAGUUUAUCCUUUGUACUAUGGUAACAAUAUUAUUCAACUCGACGAGUCUCAACAUGGAUUCAAUGUUUCACAUGUAUCUGUUUCUCACACUAGUGGACCUACCCCUGUGGGUGGUGCCAAGAAUCCCCUAGCCCAUAACUUUAAUUCUUCAAGUGGGGUUUCCCAAUCACGCAUUAUCAAUGGGGAUUUUGAGAAUCCAUGCACAAGCAAGUGUGAUCUAUCAUUGAGGUUAGGACCCUUUAGCGGUGUACCAUCCCCUAGUUUUGAAAAUGGUCAGAUUCAGGAAACUGAAGUGAGAAGCAAGCUGAACUGUUCGAACCUCCCAAAGGGGGAAAAUAUGAAGCUUUAA